GCAUGCGUGGAGCGCGGCGCGCGCGGCGGUUGGGCCGUUGGCUGUUCGGCCCUGGGAUCCGCCGCGUCCCCGCGAGCAGUCGGCUCAGAUCCGCGAGCCGCCGUGAGCACUCGGAUUCGAGCCGGCACCAACGAGCCGGGGGGCAUCGCCCGGAGCGGCCAAGCUCAUGGCCGGCUGAGCGGGACGCCGCCGCCGCCUCAGCCACCGCCGCCGCCGCCGCCUCCACCUCCUCAGCCGGCGGCGGCCCGGGCCCAGCAGCCAUGGCCGAAGACUACUGGGACGGGCGCCUGCGGCGAACAGGAGGAAAAGGAGGUAGCGCGGCCUCAGCCAGGGCCGCCACCCCAGGCGCCGCCGCGCCGGCCCCGCGGCUCUGAGGUUGCUCGCGCGCCCCCGCCGGUCGCCAUGGAUCGGAUGAAGAAGAUCAAACGGCAGCUGUCAAUGACACUCCGAGGGGGCCGAGGCAUAGAUAAGACCAAUGGUGCCCCUGAGCAGAUAGGCUUGGAUGAGAGUGGUGGUGGUGGCUGCAGUGACCCUGGAGAGGCCCCCACACGUGCCACCCCUGGGGAACCUCGCACUGGACGGGGCCCACUCAGCUCUGCACCAGAGAUUGUGCACGAGGACCUGAAGAUGGGGUCUGAUGGGGAGAGUGACCAGGCUUCAGCCACAUCCUCAGAUGAAGUGCAGUCUCCAGUGAGAGUGCGCAUGCGUAACCAUCCCCCACGCAAGAUCUCCACUGAGGACAUCAACAAGCGCCUGUCACUACCAGCGGACAUCCGGCUGCCCGAGGGCUACCUUGAGAAGCUGACCCUCAAUAGCCCCAUCUUUGACAAGCCCCUUAGCCGCCGCCUCCGCCGUGUCAGCCUGUCUGAAAUUGGCUUUGGGAAACUGGAGACCUACAUUAAGCUGGACAAGCUGGGUGAGGGUACCUAUGCCACCGUCUACAAAGGCAAAAGCAAGCUAACAGAUAACCUUGUGGCACUCAAGGAGAUCAGACUGGAACACGAAGAGGGGGCACCCUGCACUGCUAUCCGGGAAGUGUCCCUGCUCAAGGACCUCAAACAUGCCAACAUCGUCACGCUACAUGACAUUAUCCACACGGAGAAGUCCCUCACCCUUGUCUUUGAGUACCUGGACAAGGACCUGAAGCAGUACCUGGAUGACUGUGGGAAUGUCAUCAACAUGCACAACGUGAAACUGUUCCUGUUCCAGCUGCUCCGUGGCCUGGCCUACUGCCACCGGCAGAAGGUGCUACACCGAGACCUCAAGCCCCAGAACCUGCUCAUCAAUGAAAGGGGAGAGCUCAAGCUGGCUGACUUCGGCCUGGCCCGGGCCAAGUCAAUCCCAACAAAGACAUACUCCAACGAAGUGGUGACACUGUGGUACCGGCCCCCUGACAUCCUCCUCGGGUCCACUGACUACUCCACCCAGAUUGACAUGUGGGGUGUGGGCUGCAUCUUCUAUGAGAUGGCCACAGGCCGGCCCCUUUUCCCAGGCUCCACAGUGGAGGAACAGCUGCACUUCAUCUUCCGCAUCUUGGGAACCCCAACUGAGGAGACAUGGCCAGGCAUCCUGUCCAAUGAGGAGUUCAAAACAUACAACUACCCCAAGUACCGAGCUGAGGCCCUUUUGAGCCAUGCACCCCGACUUGAUAGCGACGGGGCCGACCUCCUCACCAAGCUGCUGCAGUUUGAGGGUCGAAAUCGGAUCUCCGCAGAGGAUGCCAUGAAACAUCCAUUCUUCCUCAGUCUGGGGGAGCGGAUCCACAAACUUCCUGACACUACUUCCAUAUUUGCACUAAAGGAGAUCCAGCUACAAAAGGAGGCCAGCCUUCGGUCUUCAUCGAUGCCUGACUCAGGGUUGGAACCUCCACAAGCUCCUCAGCAGACAUCCGGUGCCAUCCCUUGGCUAGAAAUCAGAUGACAUGGUCAACUGUGGCAGCAAAGGAGGCUGGGAAAAUGAGGACAUUGCAAAGGGGGACAAGAUUGCCAGGCUGCACAUAGAAGGACUAGAAUUCACCUAACUGCUCUGGGAAGUGGUAGGGUCACUGGUGUGGGCAGAGGUUGGCAUCUGGAAGGUGAAGAAACUGAACCUAGGGCUGGGGAGGGAAGCCUCUUGUGGGAUUUACCCAGCUGCCCAAGUAAAUGGGGAUGGGAGAGUCUGCAGAGGGGCAAUGAGGAGAGUAAAUUCAAAGAAUUUGACAAGAUUAAGCUGGGCUUGAAGAGCAGAUGUCUGCUACGCGCCAAACCCAAGUCAAAUGCCAUUUUCUUUGGGGACCCCCCACGUAAAAGGGCUGCUCUCUCUUCUCCCUCAAGGUUUACACAACUGAGUUGUGACCCCUCAUCUGUGCCAGGUCUGGACUGGGGUCUGGAAUCACAGUAAUAAAGACAGAAUCUCUGCCCCUCAGAGGUUAACUGAAAAUAA